UCACCCUCAACCCCACUCCCACAAUCACCACCACCAGCACCACAAUCACCACCACCAGCUCUCCUCCUCUCCCCCUCGUUUCUCGCCCCCGCCCUUCAACGCCUCUGCCUCGGUGGCAACCAUGGCGACAGCUGCCACCGCCUCCUCCUCUUCCUCCUCCCCGUCAACCUCAUCGUCGGCCAACGGCAGCGCCCGGGAGCACCUGCUGGCAGUGCGCCGGCGCAACCCGCACACCCGGCCGUACACAAUCGGGCCAGACAACCUCCGCAGCCUGUCGGUGCAGGGCGAGGUCGGGGCUUCCACCUCAGCAUCAUCCUCCUCAUCAGGGGUCCAGCCAGAAGCAGCGGGGAUGGGGCUCCAGCGGGCCAAUAGCGACACAGACCUAGUGACAUCAGACAGCCGCUCAUCGCUCACUGCGUCUACGUACCAGUUGACUCUAGGUCACAGCCACCUGGUCAUCUCCUGGGACAUCAAAGAGGAAGUGGAUGCCACCGACUGGAUUGGGCUGUACCACAUUGAUGAGACGUGUGUGGCCAACGUGUGGGACUCCAAGAAUCGCGGUGUGAACGGCACCCAGAGAGGACAGAUCGUGUGGAGACUGGAGCCAGAACCCUACUUCAUGGAGCCGGAAACUAAGAUCUGCUUUAAAUACUAUCACGGUGUAAGUGGAGCAUUGAGAGCAACGACACCUUGUAUCACCGUCAAGAACCCUGGAGUACCGGUGGGCAGUGAAGGCCAAGUGGAGGACCAAUCAGGGACUGAGCACUGUCGGAAACUAGUUAGCUUCACUCUGUCAGACAUCCGGGCAUCCGGCCUGAAGAAGGGCAUGUUCUUUAACCCAGACCCGUACCUAAAGAUGUCCAUCCAGCCCGGCAAGAGGAGCGGCCUCCCCAAGUUCACCCACCACGGCCAGGAGAGACGAUCCUCCAUCAUAGCCAACACCAUCAACCCUGUGUGGCAUGGCGAGAAAUACACGUUUGUGGCUCUGAUGACUGACAUGUUGGAGAUCGAGGUGAAAGAUAAGUUCGCCAAGAGCCGACCAAUCAUCAAGCGGUUUCUGGGUCAGCUGAUCAUCCCCGUGCAGAGACUUCUGGAGGGGCCGACGGCUGACGAUCAGCCAGUCACCUACAGCCUGUGUCGUCGCCUCCCUACGGACCAUGUGAGCGGGCAGCUACUGUUCAGAGUGGACAUCACCUCCACUGGACAUGAAGAAGCCUCUCCAGAUGCAGUGGGAACUAUCUUGGGUGGUGCUGUGAACGGCGACCCCGGCAGUCCCUCCGAUGACGAAGACCUCCCUCACCCCUCCUCAUCCUCACGCGUCACAUGUGGACCCUCCCCUACAGGAUCUGAUGAGGGCUCCCUGUUAGUCAAUGGGGCUUGUUACUAUGGCGAUGACAGCGUGUGGCGGGAGCCUGGGCAGGUGGGAGAAGAGGAUCUGGUUCCUCCGGCUCUGGGUAGCCACACCCACCGGCAGGUGUCACUCAAUGACUACCUGGACGCCAUUGAAGCUCCCAGGAGCCCUGGGGACCGACCUCUGGUGGGGCCUUCGCCGAAACUCCGCUCCAGCUUUCCAACGGACACACGGCUCAACGCCAUGCUGCACAUAGACUCAGAUGAGGAUGAGGAGACAGCAGGGCAGCACAGGGACCAAUCACAGGAGACAAAGACUCAGCAGACCUCAGACGUAUCGAGAAGGUCGGCUACAUCUGAGUCUCGACAAGGGAAUGAGGUUUCCAUAGGAGAGCCACACGGGUCGACUGGAGCUGGUACUGGACCUGGAGCUGCAGCAGAGGCCGGUUCCUCUGCCAGUGCUCAGCCUGGGGCUGAGCCUGCAGGGGCUGAACCUGGAGCUGGAGCUGCAGAAGUUGCAGCUGGAGUUCAAACACAGACAGGAGCAUCAACCUCUGCUGAUGCAGAAGCUGUGACCACAGAGGCUGCUGGAGCGUCAGCUGAGGCUGCACACAUCAGCGGAGAACCCUCCACAGCUUCCAACUCAGGUCAGGCAUCAGGGGCCGAGGCAGCUGCAGCAGAAGGCCCAGGGACCCAGGCUGGGCCGGGUGCCUCUGUGGGGGAAUGUACCUGCCAGGAGCAGAGCAGCUGGACAGGUGCAAACCAGGAAGUGUCCUGCAGUCCUUCACUCAGUGGUGGUCCACUUUCACCCAUUCAGGAGGUGGAGACAAGAAAAGAAGUGGCUCCAAAGGCAGAGGAGGAAGGGGCAGAGUCAUCAAGCAGUGAGGCAAAUGGGCCAGUGGCAGCAGCUGCUCCGACCAGCAGCAGCAUAGCUGAUCAAGGAGGAGGGACUUCUGAAGCUGGCGCGACAGCCAGAGGUGGGGAUGGGCAGGAGGAGCAGCAGGAGGAGGAAGGAGGGGAGGUGUGGAGGAGGAGGCGAUCUAUGCAGGCCUCUGGAGGUGUGGCCCAGAACCAUGAGGUGUGCGGGGCCAGAGAGAGUCUGAGCGGGAUCGUUGUGGAGAGUGAGGGAGGUGCCACAGCUCAGGUCAAUGGCCACCAGUCUGUUCGCUCCCUGCCAUCUGUCCGCCAUGACAUCAGUCGUUACCAGAGAGUGGACGAGCCGCUACCACCUAACUGGGAGGCUCGAAUUGACAGCCACGGUCGGAUCUUUUACGUGGACCAUGUGAACAGAACCACAACUUGGCAACGGCCCACUGCUCCCCCAGCCCCGCAGACCCUCCAGAGAUCCAACUCCAUACAGCAGAUGGAACAGCUGAACCGCAGGUAUCAGAGUAUACGUAGGACGAUAACCAAUGACAGCAGACCAGAAGAGCAGUCAGCCAAUGAGCUGCCAACAGAUGAGACUGAUAUGCACCCGUCUAUUCCAGAGCUGCGUAGAGACAACAGCGUCGCUCAGUCGGGCUCCAGGUCUCGCCUCAGCCUGCUGCUUCAGUCUCCCAGCGCCAGGUUCCUCACCAGCCCCGACUUCUUCACUGUGCUGCAUUCCAACCCUAGUGCCUACCGUAUGUUCACCACCAACACGUGUCUGAAGCAUAUGAUCAGUAAGGUUCGUCGGGAUGCUCACCACUUCGAGCGCUACCAGCACAACAGGGACCUGGUGGCCUUCCUCAACAUGUUCUCCAAUAAACAGCUGGAGCUUCCCAGAGGCUGGGAGAUGAAGCACGACCACACCGGCAAGCCUUUCUUUGUGGACCACAACUGCCGAGCCACAACCUUCAUCGACCCACGGCUGCCUCUCCAGAGCACUAGGCCCCCAAGCAUCCUGGCUCACCGGCAACACCUGACGCGCCAACGCAGCCACAGUGCCGGGGAGGUCAGCCCCCGGCGACUGGUGGGUGAAGACCCUCGUCACACUGGCCCACCCGUCCUGCCGCGGCCUUCCAGCACCUUCACCUCUGCCAGCAGGGGGCAGUGCCAAGAUGUUGUGCCAGUGGCUUAUAACGACAAAAUUGUGGCGUUCCUACGACAACCAAACAUCUUUGAGAUUUUGCAGGAGAGACAGCCAGACUUCAACCGGAACCAUUCACUCAGGGAGAAGGUGCAUCUGAUCCGCACAGAUGGAGUGUCAGGAUUGGCCAGGCUUUCAGGAGACGCUGACCUUGUCAUGCUGCUAAGUCUGUUUGAAGAUGAAGUAAUGUCAUACGUGCCUCCUCACGCCUUACUUCACCCCAGCUACUGCCAGUCACCUCGGGGAUCCCCUGUCUCCUCCCCACAGAACUCACCUGGUACUCAGAGAGCCAAUGCCAGAGCUCCAGCACCCUACAAGAGAGACUUUGAGGCCAAACUGCGCAACUUCUACAGAAAACUGGAAACUAAAGGCUAUGGACAAGGACCGGGGAAGCUAAAAUUGAUCAUCCGUCGUGACCAUCUGCUGGAAGAUGCCUUCAACCAGAUCAUGUGCUAUUCCCGUAAAGAUCUGCAGCGCAGCAAGCUCUAUGUCAGCUUUGUCGGGGAGGAGGGGUUGGACUAUAGCGGCCCUUCCAGAGAGUUCUUCUUCUUGGUCUCCAGAGAGCUGUUCAACCCGUAUUAUGGUCUGUUUGAAUACUCUGCCAAUGACACCUACACUGUCCAGAUCAGCCCAAUGUCCGCCUUCGUAGACAAUCAUCAUGAAUGGUUCCGGUUCAGCGGUCGUAUUCUGGGUUUGGCUCUGAUCCAUCAGUACCUGCUGGACGCCUUCUUCACCAGACCAUUCUAUAAAGGCCUACUGCGCAUUCCAUGUGACCUGAGUGACCUGGAGUAUCUAGACGAGGAGUUUCACCAGUCCCUUCAGUGGAUGAAGGACAAUGACAUAGAAGACAUGCUGGACCUCACCUUCACCGUCAACGAAGAGGUCUUUGGACAGAUAACAGAAAGAGAGCUGAAGCCUGGUGGAGCCAACAUCCCUGUCUCAGAGAAGAAUAAGAAGGAAUACAUUGAGCGGAUGGUGAAGUGGAGGAUAGAGAGAGGAGUGGUGCAGCAGACUGAAAGCCUGGUCCGAGGCUUCUAUGAGGUGGUGGAUGCCAGGCUGGUGUCAGUGUUUGAUGCCAGGGAGCUGGAGCUGGUGAUCGCUGGCACUGCUGAGAUCGAUUUAUCAGACUGGAGGAACAACACAGAGUACAGAGGAGGUUACCAUGACAACCAUAUAGUGAUCCGGUGGUUCUGGGCAGCUGUGGAGAGGUUCAACAAUGAACAGAGACUUCGGCUCCUGCAGUUUGUGACGGGGACAUCCAGUAUUCCUUAUGAGGGCUUUGCUUCUCUGCGAGGCAGUAACGGACCCCGCAGGUUCUGUGUAGAGAAGUGGGGAAAAGUCACCUCGCUGCCCAGAGCUCACACCUGUUUCAACCGGCUGGACCUGCCGCCGUACCCAUCCUUCUCAAUGCUGUAUGAGAAGAUGCUGACCGCAGUGGAGGAGACCAGCACCUUUGGGCUAGAAUGAGAUCCCCACCCUGAAUUCACCCAUCCCUCCCCUCAGCUCCCCUCAAGGACUAUCAGUAUCUGUGAAGAAAGGUAGCCAUGAGAGAACCUGGAGGAGGCCUCAAAAACCUGGAUUAGGAGUCCAAUUUGUGAUCUUGUAUUUAAUUUAUAAUGAGCUCUGUUUUAUAUCAGAGGCUGCUAAGACCUUUGAACCAGGAAGCUGCACUCUGACAUCUUAAUAUGUCUCAUGUAUAGAGGUAAAGUACUCACAGUUUUUGUUGGACCUGCACAUAUUUCACACCAACUUAGUAAUACAUGCUUUCACCUGUGCAAUGUGACGAAUGAAGACCUACACUGCCUUCUGGACCAGGAUCAAAACGGCCUGGAUUUGACUUAUCAGAGACCCGGGUGUUUUUUUUUUUUUUGUUCUCCUUGAUACCAGGAGGUUAAGGUUCAGGACUAUGGAGCAUGUACACAAGAAAUAAGAAGCAACCACUGCCUUCAUUGAAAAAAACUAAGUGGAUUUAGCCUUUUUUAUUCUAGUUCGGAUGGACCAUGGAGGAUCAUAAGUCCAGUCCAGAAUGUACUACUCACUGUAGUACAGCGUCUCCUUGUGGCCUGUAGUUGUAACUGCACUCAUGUAGAUAGUGCAUUUCUCUCUCAAAGCCUUUCCAGGACCGCCUGAAGUAAACUUUUGGUAAAGUUUG